AUGGCCAGUGAGACCGACAUGCGCCGCCUCACCACUGCCUUUGCGCCGGCCUCUGACGACGUCCCCGAACUGCCGCCGCCGCCCCAGCCCGAAGACGAGCCCGCCAUGCCUCUCGAACGACCGCAGACUCGAGAGUCUGGCUCGUCGCUCGACCGCCCGUCCACGCCGCCCGUCCAGCAGCAGUCCAACAAGCACCGCCGCUUCUCCGUCCUCCGCUUUCGAAAUGCCUCCGACUCGCAGCUGUCUCUCCGUGUCAAGCAGGCGGCCGAGAAGCCUCCUCCUGUCCCUCGACCUCCUGCCAUCAUCACCACCGCUCCCACCAUGCCCAUGGAAGCGAACAGCCUGAAGAAAUCAUCCUCCCGCCUAGCACUGGCUUCAAUGCUGCGAAGGUCCACCGAUAUCCCUCGUAACGAUCCUCUCUCUAGUCAUCGCCACGAACCCAUGCCUAGAAAGUCCAUGGGCGAACAAGGACGACCUUCGCUGAGCGUCACAGAUGAUCCCGAGCCUCAAUCGCCGCGGCCCUCGACCCAGACGACCGUCGAUUCCACCGGCACCGGACUCAACAUAGCACCUCGACCAUCCGAGUCCUCAAGAUCAGAUGUUAGCUCCACCGAUCGAGUGUCUCACGCUAGCCUCAGUUCUACUCCCAAAAAGUCCGCAUCAUCUACAUCCUUCUUCAAGCUGCGCAGAAACAAGCGGCCGCCGGAGCCGCUAUUUCCCUUUGCACACCUUCAGCAAAAGGGCACUCCGGCAGACGGAUCCUCCACCACAUCCCUGGGAGUCGAGGCGACACCGCGUCCAGCUUCAGCCCAGAGUGCCAGCCUUCACCCAGUCGAGAAUGAACAUGGCCCUCACCCUAACCCGACUAUUGCCCUCUUCAACGCAAACGGCGGCGCUCGCUCCGACCACUCCUCUCCAAAUAGGUCUACCUUGCUGCGUGGGAGAUCGUCCACGUUAAGUUCCAUAGGUAGAGACUCCAACGAUGAACAUCUCGGCCCGCCCACAAAUUCGCGGACAUCCACCUCCAUCGGCCGCAAGAGCUUCGGCGAUCUCCUUGGCCUGACCCGUCUCCGUCAGAACUCCGACCUGAGUCGGCAGGGCUCCUUCACACCCGCCACGCCGGGAUCCGUCGCCUCCAAGAGCAAUUCGCUCCAGCUGCCGAGGGAUUCCAUAGUUCUUCCGGAGCGCUUUGAGGAUGAAUCUCCUGCCAAGUACAUUGCUCGCAUAGAAGGCGUGGUCAGCCGGGGUGUCGUGGCCGCCGCGCUAUCCAAGGGGACUGAUGCCUUCUCAACGGCCGCUCUAAGAAGCUUCAUGAGGACCUUUAGUUUUUUUGGAGAUCCUAUGGACAUGGCCAUCCGCAAGCUCCUCAUGGAGGCUGAGCUUCCAAAGGAAACGCAGCAGAUAGACAGGUGUCUUCAGGCAUUUGCUAACCGCUACCACGAGUGCAACCCCGGCAUUUACUCCUCGCCCGACCAGGCAUACUUUAUCGCCUUCUCUCUCCUCAUCCUCCACACGGACGUUUUCAACAAGAACAACAAGCACAAGAUGCAAAAGACUGAUUACCUAAAGAAUACCCGCGGAGAGGGCAUCUUUGAUGAGAUUCUCGAAUGUUUCUAUGACAACAUUUGCUAUACCCCCUUCAUCCACGUCGAAGAUGACCUUGACCUUAACAGCGAGCGCCACGGCAGCAUCAAGUCGAAGCGGAAGAUCCUCCCUCCCCCUCCUGGCGACCCCGCCAAGCGAGCUGCGAAAGAACCGCUCGAUCCUUACACUCUCAUCAUUGACGGGAACCUGGACGUCCUGCGACCGAACCUCAAGUCAACGAUUCCCCUGGAGGACCAGUAUCACUAUCUAGGCACGGGGCAAACCCUCAAUCUGAAGGACCUGCAAAAGACUUUCUUCAGAACCGGCGUCUUGCAGAUUGUCUCUGCAAGGUCUCGACCAGACGCCUUCAUGUCUGAUAAACCCCUGAACAACCCAGAUGACGCACCCGGCAUUGUCGACAUCAAAAUCACAAAAGUCGGCCUCCUGUGGCGGAAAGAAGCCAAGAAGAGGAAGACACGGUCUCCGUGGCAGGAAUGGGGAGCCAUCCUAACGGGCGCCCAGCUCUACUUCUUCCGCAACACUGGCUGGGUCAAAAAUCUCAUGCAUCAGUACGAAAGCCAUAUCAAAGCCGGCCACGAUGGGAUACCCAUCACUUUUAAGCCCCCCUUGGAGGAAUUUAAGCCAGAUGCUCUCAUGUCUACUAAGGGUGCCGUAGCUCUGCUGGAUGAAUCUUAUAAAAAGCACAAGAACGCUUUCAUCUACGUCAGGCAGGGAGGCUUGGACGAGGUUCUCUUGGCCGAUGAUGAGGACGAGCUCAACGACUGGUUGGCAAAACUCAACUACGCCGCUGCCUUUAGAACAUCCGGCGUCAAGAUGCGCGGCGUUGCUGGAGGCACCUACGACGGCCACAGCCGUCGAGCUUUCAGGAGGCUUGACAGCUCUGACGCCACGCAACUUGUCGAGACACCGACUGGCCUUGUAUCGAUUGCAAGGAGCCGCAUCGACCACAAGAUGGCUGAGGAUAUCCAACUGGCGAGACGCGAGUUUAUGCAGGAAAAGAUUGCCGAGGCGGAUCGCAAGAUAGAAGACUCCAAAAAGGCCCUGGAAGAACAGCUGAGAAAUGCCCGCCACCUUCAGAUACUUGCACCUGUUCAGCCGAGGACGAGAGAGCAACUUCUCUUGGCCGCGGCUCGCAUGUCUGCGCAACUUAGGUGGGCGCGAAUGGAGAUUUGGAAGGAGAAGUGCCAUCGUGAUAUCCUGGCUCUGGACCUAGAGGAGGAGGGAGAAAUGGUUGAGGGCAAGAUUUCGACUGACAUCCGGCCCUCGAUCGAAGAGCGUCGUGUCUCUUCAGCACCGCAUCCAUCAACGGUUGCAGCCAAGCGCCCCGAGUCUCAGUCCAAGGCAAUGUCUGAGAAGCUUCCCCAGUCACCUCUGGUAGAAGCACACCCUGAGUUCUUCUCGGACAAGAAUGAGUUUAACUUGGAGUUGCAAGAUCCGGCGAGACCAACAUCUCCACCGGCGACGCGACCAACGAGCGAAGUGCUGUCGCAGCUUGAACUGCAAGAAACACCCAAGGUGGACAUUGGAAGUAUCAGGCAUGGCUCGGUUUCAAGCAUCGCCCCCUCCCCUGUGCAACCGACGCAAAGCAAGCAGCAGCCGCUCGAGCCACACGAAGAGGGUGAUGCAACUUCUGUCAAGUCGAAUCACACACAUGACGAAGUGGAUGCUGAGGAGAGACAAUUGCUGAAACAGGCUGGCCUGUUGGAAGGAAGAAUAGGCAGGGAUCCGUCAGACAAAUCCAUCACCUCCACGGCUGGAGAUGCUGGUGAGUCAACCAACCAAUUCGAGAGAAGCAAGAUUCGACGCAGUCUCCAACGUACCCUUCGGGAGAGUGCUGGCCAUCUCUCCCACCAUCGCAGCAGAAGGGGCAGGGAGGCGGGUCCGGCCGCAUCGUCAGAGGACAAUGCCCGCGACAGUAUGCUGGCACGAGGAACGGGAAGUUUUGUUGUCCACGGAAAGAAGGCUUCUGUCAUCCAACUGGGAACAGAGCUGCAAGUCCUAAACAACGAGGAGCAGAUUCUAGCUCGGAAGCAGCAGCAGCAGAGCUACCGGCAGUCAACCGACAUUCCGGCUUCUCCCAUCCUUAGCGAAGAACAAGAUGACGACUUUUACUCCGUGCCCGAAACUCCAUUGGAGCAGAGCGUGUCUCGUGACCGAAGGGGAUCCGCCGCCAGCGCCAGCACGGCCACGGCAAGAAGUUUUCGCGAGCUUCACCGGAAAUAUUCGGCAGCGCGAAGCGUGUCCGCAGCCGGAAGGCUGGCUAUUCCUUCAGAUGCGGAAAGCGAGGCGGCAGUGAGCUUCUCUGACGGUCGAAGAUCGCCUCUGCCCCCCAUGGAAAGAGAGGAAGACGAUGCAGGCUCAGCAGCGCCCAGGGCCGACUCGGUUAUAGAUGAGGAUGAAGAUACCACAUUGGAAUUGGAAGAGAAUGAGGGAGUAGAGGACAGGCCGGAAACCCCGGCACCGGGCCAGGAAUCAGCCAACGAAAAAGCCGAGGAGACAGAGGAGUCCUCAACACACGACUCCGAAUCGCUGCCCAACCCUCCGCUUCAGGCGGUCAACGCAUGA